AUGAGGAGGUUUGUUUACUGCAAGGUGGUCCUUGCCACUUCGCUGAUGUGGGUUCUGGUGGAUGUCUUCUUACUCCUGUACUUCAGCGAAUGUAACAAAUGUGAUGACAAGAAGGAGAGAUCCCUUCUACCUGCUCUCAGGGCUGUUAUUUCAAGAAACCAAGAAGGGCCAGGAGAAAUGGGAAAGGCCGUGCUGAUUCCUAAAGAUGACCAGGAGAAAAUGAAAGAACUGUUUAAAAUCAAUCAGUUUAACCUUAUGGCCAGUGAUUUGAUUGCCCUUAACAGAAGUCUACCGGAUGUGAGAUUAGAGGGAUGCAAGACGAAGGUCUACCCUGAUGAACUUCCAAACACAAGUGUAGUUAUUGUGUUUCAUAAUGAAGCUUGGAGCACCCUCCUUCGAACUGUUUACAGUGUUAUAAACCGUUCCCCACACUAUUUACUUUCUGAGGUCAUCUUGGUAGAUGAUGCCAGUGAGAGAGAUUUUCUCAAGUCGACAUUAGAGAACUAUGUGAAAAACUUAGAAGUGCCAGUAAAGAUCAUCAGAAUGGAAGAGCGCUCCGGGUUAAUCCGUGCCCGCCUCCGAGGAGCCGCUGCUUCAAAGGGGCAGGUCAUCACUUUCCUGGAUGCUCACUGUGAAUGUACCGUGGGCUGGCUGGAGCCCUUGCUGGCAAGAAUAAAGGAAGACAGGAAAACAGUUGUAUGCCCCAUCAUUGAUGUGAUUAGUGAUGAUACCUUUGAAUAUAUGGCUGGGUCAGACAUGACUUAUGGGGGUUUUAACUGGAAACUGAAUUUUCGUUGGUAUCCUGUUCCCCAAAGAGAAAUGGACAGGAGGAAAGGAGACAGAACAUUACCUGUCAGGACCCCUACUAUGGCUGGUGGCCUAUUUUCUAUUGACAGAAACUACUUUGAAGAGAUAGGAACUUACGAUGCAGGAAUGGAUAUCUGGGGUGGAGAGAAUCUUGAAAUGUCUUUUAGGAUCUGGCAAUGUGGAGGCUCAUUGGAGAUUGUGACUUGCUCUCAUGUGGGUCAUGUUUUUCGGAAAGCAACUCCAUACACUUUUCCUGGUGGCACCGGUCAUGUCAUCAACAAGAACAACAGGAGACUGGCAGAAGUGUGGAUGGAUGAAUUUAAAGAUUUCUUCUAUAUCAUAUCCCCAGGUGUUGUCAAAGUGGAUUAUGGAGAUGUAUCAGUCAGAAAAACACUGAGAGAAAAUCUGAAGUGUAAGCCCUUUUCUUGGUACCUCGAAAACAUCUAUCCGGACUCCCAGAUCCCAAGACGUUAUUACUCACUUGGUGAGAUAAGAAAUGUUGAGACUAAUCAAUGUUUAGACAACAUGGGCCGCAAGGAAAAUGAAAAAGUGGGCAUAUUCAACUGUCAUGGUAUGGGAGGAAAUCAGGUAUUUUCUUAUACUGCUGACAAGGAAAUCCGAACCGAUGACUUGUGCUUGGAUGUUUCUAGACUCAAUGGACCUGUAAUCAUGUUAAAAUGCCACCACAUGAGAGGAAAUCAGUUAUGGGAAUAUGAUGCUGAGAGACUCACCUUGAGGCACGUGAACAGUAACCAGUGUCUCGAUGAACCUUCUGAAGAAGACAAAAUGGUGCCUACCAUGCAGGACUGCAGUGGCAGCAGGUCCCAGCAGUGGCUGCUGAGGAACAUGACGUUGGGGGCAUGA